AUGGUUGUUGCUACGAUCAAGUGCGUUGUCGUCGGCGACGGAGCGGUUGGCAAGACCUGUCUAUUAAUUUCAUACACCACGAACAAGUUCCCUUCCGAAUACGUCCCCACGGUCUUCGAUAACUAUGCUGUUACGGUAAUGAUUGGAGACGAGCCCUACACUCUGGGUCUUUUUGAUACCGCUGGACAGGAAGAUUACGACCGCCUCCGCCCGCUGUCCUAUCCGCAGACCGAUGUCUUCCUCGUCUGCUUCUCCGUCACGUCUCCGGCUUCUUUUGAGAACGUGCGAGAGAAAUGGUUUCCGGAGGUCCGCCAUCACUGCCCGGGCGUGCCGUGCUUGAUCGUCGGCACCCAGACCGAUCUGCGCGAUGACGCCGCGGUGCGCGAAAAGCUGUCGAAGCAGAAGAUGGUCCCCGUCCGCAAAGAUGAUGGCGAGCGGAUGGCGAGAGAACUGGGCGCGGUCAAGUACGUCGAGUGCUCUGCCCUCACCCAGUACAAGCUGAAGGAUGUUUUUGACGAGGCUAUUGUUGCCGCCUUGGAGCCUCCAAGCACCCGCAAGAAGUCUCGCGUCUGCAAGAUCUUGUAA